AUGAUCUUUCUCACAGUAGCCGUUGCAUUCUGGACGGUCGUGUCUGCAGGCGAACCCACUACCGCUGGCGAAAUAGCCGGUUCUUCCACGCGUUCUCGAUCAUCUCAAGAUGUGAUCCUCAUCAACUCUGACCCCUUCGGUAGGGGAGGGGCCACUGGUCCAGUUGGUGUCGAGAAUAUCUUUUCGACCGUCACUCGCAAAGCUACUGACGCAGAAUCCUCAACUGUGGCGUCAUCAAAAAGAAGGAAAAUAUAUCACGAUUACAGAGCGCCCCCCCAAUCACCACGACACACUCAAAAAAACUAUUCUCCCCGCCACAAACUCGAGCCUGGCUCAGAGAAAUCUCCGAUGGAGGUCGAUGAUAUUAUGCAACCUCGAGAAAAAAAUAGGAAGAGACCUCAAGCUCCAGAAGAGGAGGCUCGUGCGGGUGCUGAAGAACUGCAGAGAGGAUUACGUUUCGCAUUUGGAGGAAACAAUCAGAUUCUUUCUGAGAUCGAAGAUUCCGGAAUUUUCAAAGUCCCUCGGCGUCUGCUGAACUUAUUGACGUAUCAUGACCUCAGUGAUGACAAAAUUGAAGGAGACGACGCAGAUAUUCUAGAUAAUGCAUUCAACGAUUUGCCAUCAGAUUUAGACCUCUCUGAACGGCAAAUAUUUUGGGAGUAUCUCGACCAGGGCAACAAGCCAGAAAUUGCUGAGUACAAGGCCCAGGGUCUUCCUCUGGGAGACUUGGCUAUCGAAUUGCAAUCUCACGAGAACAUGAUCAACCUAAAAUUACUGGAGAUCCUUGUACAUGGCCGAUCACACACUUUGCAUCCGAACGCCAAGCGGGCUCUGGAGAUAUCAAAACUGUACCAUCAAUUCUUGGAUAAGGUCGAGAAGGAAUUGACUGGCAAGCCCAACAGUUACAUCAAACAACUGUCCGAAUACAAAGGCAACCUUGGUCCUUGA